UUUUUAUAAAAUAUCAGCUUUAUAUCAUUAGGUCUCAUUUUGUAUAAAUUUAAAUUAAAUUAUAAAAGUGAAUCAUAAGUCGUAAAAUGGCGGAGGGAUGGAGGAAUCUUCGAAACUCAAUCAGGCAAAAGACGAGAGCUUCUGAAAUCGAUCGGAAUGUCGGCCCAAUAGCAGUUCCUCCGGAUUACGCGCCUGCCCAUUCCUUCUCUCGUGGCGUCACUGAUAAAAUUGAAAGAACUAUUCCGACUGGAAGAAAUCAAUUCGUUACAUCAGAAAAUUUACGUCAAGUGAUUCAACAAUCUGAUUUUAUGGAAGCGCUGACUACUUUGCAAGAUAUUUCUUCUUCCCAAAUACAGCAAUUCAUGAUAUCCGAGCACUAUUGUCAAAUUGAAGAAUCGGAUAAAGCUUUGAGGUGCAUUGAAGCGUUACAAACAACGAUGACGUCAUAUCCGAGACCUAAUGUCGAUGACGUCAUUAAAUUAGUUGAAACGUUUAUCACUGAUUCGUUUGAUAUUCGUGCAUUGAUUUUACUCUCUUGUUGCCCUAAGUUGUACAAGCUCGAAUCAAACCCGGAUAAGUCAGUUGUUGGGAUUCGAUAUAGCUCAUUACAAUGUGGCAUAAUUAUUACAUCCUUGGUUAAGGAGGGAGGCGGUAUGAAAAAGAUUGCAACAAUUGUUGGUUUGAAAAUUAUUACUGAUAUGUUGAGAGAGUUUCAAUCAGUAUCAACUGCUGAUAAGAAUAAGAAAGCUGUUAACGAAGCGGGUUGCUUGAAUAACGUUGGUUUAAGUCAUAAAGUUAUCGGUGAAUAUGAGCAAGCCAUUGGGUUCUAUAGUGAAGGCAUUUACUUAUUGAAACAAAGGAUCGGUUCCAACGUCCCCAAAUAUCGAGUUCUUUCAGAUUUAUUAAACAACAUGGGUUUGGUUUAUCAUAACCUUGGUGAUUAUUCCAAAGCUGAAUCUCUUUAUAUCAAAUCUCUGAACAUGAGAGAGACAUCUGAAGAUUGGUUCAGUGAUAAGGUAAAACACGAAUGCAUAAAAGGGACUAAAGUAAAUUUGGCUAGUACCCGGAAUCGGAUUUUAUAUCUUGAUUUAAUUGGUAAAUGCAACAACGCGAUUAAAUUAAUUGGCAAAGACAUAAGCUUGUUAAAACAAACAAACUUGUCCAAUUCUCGCAUGUUCGGGGAUCUGUUAUUUAAUCUUGCUUUAUCACAUCAUAAUCUCGAUGACUAUUCCAACGCUGAAUCGUUUUAUUUGAAAUCCCUUGAUGUGUAUGAGAAGGCUAAGGAUUGGCCUAAUGAAAAUGAAAAGCGAGAAAGUAUAGAAAGGGUGAAGAAUAACUUGAAAUUCAUUCGAAGCAAAUUAAAAAAUUGAUUUUAUGUGCUGACACAUUCCAGAUUUCAAGAAUUUCAAUCAAAAAUGUUACAAUUAAUC